CCGCCAUCCUUGUGCACGCUAUCUGCCAACACUGUAAGACACACACCACACACCACAGCGAAGGGUUCUCGCGCCAGAGAAAAGGCAGCAAGGCCGCGCGACGCAGAGGAUGCCUUCCACAACAACCGAGGGAGGGAUGCCAUUGGUGACGGUGAAGGUUUCGAGCUUCCUGAAGCACCCCGCCGCGGGGCACACCCUGUAUGAGUGCAGAGUUGAACUGCCACACACGAGACAGGUGUGGGUAGUGCACAGGCGUUACCGAGAAUUCGUAGCGCUCCGGCAGCACCUCAAGACCGUAUGCCAACGCUACCGGCAGAAGAAGCCAGCGCCAUCAUCACGCGGAGGAAAGUCCCACCCCGCGAACAAACCUACGGGGCAGGGGACGGCACCCUCAGGGGUUCGAGGGGGCGUUUCGGCUGCAGCAGCCGGAGGAGACGGGGGCGGCAGCAGCGGUGGCGGUAGCAGCGCGGGUUCUAGGCCGCCGGGCUCAGCGGAGCUGAUCGAGAGCAUCGAGACGGUCCUGUUCGUGUGCAAGUUUCCGAGCAGGAUUGCCCUCGGGAGGUCUUUCUCCCUCAAGCAGGAGAGGCGGAAGGCGCUGCACUCGUUCCUCGAGGCGCUAGUGUUCCUGCGGCCGCUGCCCAACAAAGUGGCGAGUUUCUUGGGCCUGGUGGAGAACAACCGGCUGGCGCUGGACCAAAACGGCGACUACGUUCGGGUCAUGCACACGGAGACCGUUCUGCCGAUGCCACCAUCGCCCGCCUUCCACGCCGCUGCUCGCACCCGACGGGAAAAGGUGGUGGCGGAUGUUACCCCCAGAGGCGGCGAGGAAGAUAACGCCGCCGUCGCCGGGGAUGACGACCCGCGCGGUAUUACCCCGGGGUUACGGCCAUCUAAGGCUGCGGCUACGAAGACCCUUGUAGUGGGGGUAGCUUCCGCGGAGGGAAGAGCGGAGGAGGGGAGCGAUGUUCCGGCAGCAGCGGCGGAAGUCGCUACGGGCUGCAGCAGAAGUAGCGGUGGCGGAGGGGGCGAGAAUAACGGCCGGCGACAAGCGUCCCUCCCGCUUGCGUCGCCGGCAGCGGCGGGGACGGCAGGUGCCUGGGGACAGCCGUUGUCCGACCACGUCGACAGCAGCAGCCCGAGGCAACACCAGCCGCCGCGUUUCCGGCAACAAGAGCAACGGUCGACGGGGUCCCGCGCGUGGGAGGGGCUUCGCACCGUGGAAAUGGCGUCGCAAGCGGGAGAGGGGCAGGACCGGUGGUCGGGCACGGAAGACCCCACGGACUCGGAGUCUGGUUCUGACUCGGAGGCGGACGAUGACAGCGACGACGACGACGACGGGGGGCCCCGUACGGCAAAAGACACCACCCACCUCCGUGGGGAUUAUGACACGGAGCCCCGAUCGUCACCGUGGGCUGGGCGUCAGCAGCAGCGGCAGGGGGCCGACGGUGGCGUGGCACACGGGGGUGCUGACCCUGCUGCGGUUGCCGAGGCUGUCGCAACGACCGGCUUGAGCGACGAGAAUCGCGGCGGAGGGGGUAGUGGCGGCGAGCCGGGGGGUGUUCCGGACCCGCCGCUACCGGCGGUUCCGUCGCCGAAGGCCCGGUCGCCGACCCCUCUAGUUUCCCUUCCUAGAAAAGCUGUCCCGACGUCACCCUAUGCUCCCGUUGCCAAGCUGAGAGGUGGCGGUGCGGACGGGGGUGAAGGGGGCGAAGCGGAGGUGAAGGGGGAGGAGGACGAGGAGCGGGAGGAGAGGUUGAUCCAGUGGGAGUUCUUAAACGGUUUCCUGCAUGAGGUGGUCGCUAAGGUGGUUGGCAGACAGGGCCUCGGCGGCAUAGGAAGCGCCAAGGGUAGUGAAGGCGGCGGGGACGGCGAGGGCGGGGUGUUGCCGUCACCCUUGUCGGACGAGGAGAGGGAUGUAAGGGUGGCCGAACUGAUGAGCUUCGGAGUCGACCUGCCGUACGAGAUGCUCCUCACCCUGCUGAGGUACAAGGAUUGGGGUCCGGAGGCGGCUACGGCGCUGUACCAGAGCCUGGUGGCCGCCGGGAAGGGUCUGCUGGAGAGGGUCAACCCGGGGGCACCCGUUCGAGGGAUGCAGAACGGCGGCAACACCUGUUACAUCGACAGCCUUCUGUUCGCCAUGUUCGCCACCUUGGACGCGUUCGAUUGGCUGCUGUUCAAGCCGCUGCCGUCCACCGAUCCCCCCGAGGCACGUGUGAAGCUAUUGCAGAAGCACCUUCGGUUCUUGGUCAACCAACUGAGGGAAGGUGCGACGGUUCCGCGGGAACACUCUAACCUCAUACGGACUCACCUCAGGAGAUGUGGGUGGCAGGGUGGAGCCUCCACCCAGGAGGACGUGACGGAGCUAUUCACCUUCCUGGUCUGCCUUCUGCGGUGCCCCGCGCUACCCCUUAGCGAGGCCCUCUUCCACGGGGGUAACGUCGACGCCGGGGAUUCUAGGAUUUCGACGGAGCGGGCGCUGUUCCUAGCGCUUCCGGAGGCCGAGAAGGAGACCGAGGACCGGAAGAGACCCAAGUCCCUAUCGCCCACCCGAGACGCAACCGCAGCUCCUUUUCUCUCCACCAACUCCAACGCGGAUCCCGCAUCAUCAUCUACGCCAGCCAUGCAGCAACAACAACAGGGGCAGCAGCAGCAGGCCACAGCAAGGUCACCGUCAGUUACACGCAGGGGCAAGGGCAAGGACAGCGGAGGGGUCGGGGCGGCGGUAACGCUGGAGCAGAUCCUGAUGCACAACUUCCACGACAACCGUGUGGAGGGUCUUCGGCGUUCCGUCUCUGGGGAGAAGGGGAGCCAGCCUGUGGACGCGUGGCGCAUGGUGUCCAUGCUUCCCUUCUACGCUCUCUCAGGAGAACACGAUGGGGAUAGCGACCCUUCCAACGAUAAGCACUUCGAUACGAUAAUGCUGCCGAUGGUGCUCAAGAGGUACGAGCAGCCGGUCGCUCCUACUCCUCCUGGAACUUCCGGUGCCGGCGCCUCUUCCCGAGCCUCUGGUGCUUGUGCUUCUGUGCCAGAAGCGACAAAGUCCCGUCGCAGAGUGAUCGUGCCGCAUCGCCUGGACGUGUCGAACUUCAUGGCACCCUCUGCCGGCGCUAAGGGACGUGCCGACAACUCUGAGCCCGGCCGGUUCGUGCUGGUGCUCCGCUCUGCCGUGUGCCACCUCGGGGGCGAGAGCGUGAGCAAGGGCCACUACGUCGCCUACGCCGCCGACAGAGUCGCGGCCGGCGACGGCGGCCGGAAGAAGAAGGGUGAAGCCGGUGGCGCCCACGCUGCCAAAGCCGGCGAAUGGGGUUCGAAGUCGACGGGGUGGGCAUCGGGAGGAGGGCAGUCGAGCCUAGGGGCUGACGAUGGUGACAGCAGCCAAGACAGCGUGGCGUGGCUGCGUCUGGACGAUCUGCACGAAGGGCCGGGGGGGCGGGGUUACGUGGAGAAGUUGGACAGCGUUCACGAGGCAAACCGUCUCUUCAGCGAGGACCUCGGACUGCACAGCUACAUGCUCUUCUACGAGUUGGUGCCACUCAACCUGGACGAUGCCGGGAAAGCUCAGAUGAAGGAGAAGCUUGCUCUCAUGGAGACGCAGGGUGACUACGAGCUAGCUCUGCAGCUCGACCUUAUGGAGCGCGCGCACACGGAUGAGAGGGGCUGGUCGCAGGGCGGGGGCGGCGGGAGCGGCGCUGUAGUCAUUACACCGAUAUGCCCCGUGUCCUGAUGAUUUGCUCUAUUCCGAGAUGUGUCUUGAUGUAGCAGACGGGCGGCUGUAACGCCGAUACGUCCCGUGUCUUGAUGGUUGCUCAGUCCCAUAAUGUGUUUACCUAGCAAAAGGUUCUCGACGAGCUGCGGGCGAGAAACAAGAGGCACUGGGGG